AUGCCGGCCACACUCUCCUCCCUACCGACAGAGGUAUACUUCCUCAUCUUUGAGCAUAUCGACUCGCCGCGGGACCUUGUAUCCUUCUCUUCCUCCUUCCGGGCGUGCCGCACGGCCUACGAGUAUGACCCGGCACGAUGGGAGCUCACCGCCGUCAAGAACGGCUGCCCCGCGGAGCUCUGGUACGACUUUUGUGCGGUGCAGUGUGCCGCGGAGGUAUUAUUAGAGCCCGUCAGGAGCCAUGAAGAGAUUGACCGAGACCGUGACUCCGUCCUCGACUUCCUCAGGCAGUACUUUGCCAACGAUUUGAGUCACGAAAUCGACGAGCGGGACGGGACGGCUGUGCAUGAAGCCGCCCUCAUGCACGAUCGCAUCGAGUGGCUUAUGCGUGACUUUGUCCGGAGCGCGCACCUCGAGGCUCAGGAUCUGUCCAGUCUCCUCUCCAGACUUAACCUACAGCCUGCGACCGGGGUGAACCGCACCCGCUAUGCGGUCCGCGCGCACCGGCUGUACCGCGCGUACCAGCCACCACAGCAGCUGGCGCUGACUGCGGCCGGUGACUUCAUCAAUGGCAGCCAGGACGCCGUCAUAGCGGCUGACUUUGGCCUCCGGCCCUCAGAACGACUCCGUCUGUACCGUGGCUUCCUGCGCCACGAGCUGUGCUGCCGGGUGUUCCGCUCGCCGCAGCGCGUGGGCGAGCAGAGGGGGGUGUACAGCCCAAGGCAGUACGAGCUCUACUUCCUCAGCCGAUUCCUCGACUGGGAAGUGGAGGAGAUUGCGUGCGUGCACCAGUUCCUGAGGAGCAUCGUGCAGUCCGCGGGCAACCACCUGGACGGGGAAUUCGAGGAGGCCGUCUUGUGGUUCCACGACCACCGCCGGGAGCUCCAACCGGACGGCCGCUUCUUCCUCCUGAACCGGCUGUCCGGGUCCGCCUUCCACCUCCACUCGAGUCCCUACCGCAGCCACGUCGGGUACUACUCCGAGGGCGGCAUAAUCGGUGCAGGACUUGACUACAUGCGUCGCUUUGCCCGCGCCGACGCCGCGGGCAAGGACAGCCUCCUCCGCGACCAGAUUAUAUCGUUUGACCAUAUCGGUCUCGGCCUUCACAGGGUAUCGGGCCCAUCGGUCUCAUCAGUCUCUCCUCAAGUGACACCUCCGCAGUGGCCUGACGACGCGCGGCGCUCUCAACUCCACGGGCCGUCGGCCAUCUACCGCUCCUCGCUCAGCACGUGGAUCGUCCAGUCGCGCGCCAGCAUACCCCAUGACGAAUAUCUCAUACCGCACCGUGCCAUUGGCUGCGUCUUCUGGGACGACUGGCGGUUCCGGGAGACGGGCCUGUUCAAGGACGUAGUCCUCAGGCUGCACAUUCUCGACAACGCCCUGGAACCGGGCUGGGGCUGCUCGCGGUACACGCGGGCGAGGAGCCUAUCCUCGGAACAGCUGAUCGGUCACCUUAAAGUACCGGUCAACGCGCUUCCCCAGCUCAUUGACCUGCAUGGCAUACGCACGCCGUACUUUCACCGGCUCAUGGAUGAGGGGCCGGAUUCCGAAUCCUAA